AUGAAAGCCUACCGUUACGACUGCGAAACCUUCAAGCUCGGCGUCGCCGACGUGCCCAUCCCGACGCCCGGCGCCGGCCAGGCCCUCAUCCGCGUGGAAGCAGCCGGGCUCUGCCACUCGGACACCAACCUGCUCAAAGGCGUGGUGCGGCUCCCGCACAAGCAGCCCAUCACCCUGGGCCACGAGGUCGCCGGCACAGUCAUCCAGCUCGGCCCGCAGCGCGUCCCUGAUCAUACCUCGGCCAACACUGCUACCCCGCAACCAUUAUCGUUCAAACCCGGCGACCGCGUCGCCGUCGCCCAGGUCGCGCACCCGCUCAGCCCGCUCAACUGGGUCGCGUCCAUCGGCCUCGGCCACGACGGCGGCUACGCGCCCUACACCCUCGCCUACGUCGACCGCCUCGUCCCCAUCCCUCCCGGCGUUUCCUUCGCCCAGGCCGCGUCCGCCACCGACGCCAUCUCCACCGCCUACCACGCCAUGGUGACCACCGGCGCCGUCGGCCCGGGCAUGACGGUCGGCGUCAUCGGCUUGGGCGGGCUCGGCAUGAACGGCCUGCAGGUGGCGGCGCUGCGGGGCGCGACGGUGUACGGCGUCGACGUGAACGUGGUCAAGUUUGGGGAGGCGCGGGCGAAGGGGGCGGCGGCGUGUGCGGCUUCGAUCAAGGAGCUCAAGGAUGUGGUGUUUGAUAUGGUGGUCGACUUUGUGGGCAUGACGGUGACUACGCGCAGCGCCAUCGAUGCGGUGCGCGAGGGCGGGACGGUCGUGCUGGUGGGGCUAGGUGAGUCGAGCGUGCGGAUCCCGUCGGCGCGGAUGGUUUCGAAGGGGGUGGCGCUGCUGGGGUCUAUUGGUGCGAGUUUGGGGGAUUUGAGGGAGGUGCUGGGCUUGAUUGAGGAGGGGAAACUGAAGCCAACGUUGACGGAGGUUCCCUUUGGGGAGGUCGAGGCAGCGCUGUGGUCGCUGGAUCGGAAUGAGGUUGCUGGGAGGUUGUAUACAUGUCCGGGGAAGGAGAGCUCGGUUCUUAAGUCGAACCUGUAG